CAUGGAUGGAAGUGAGUGGCUUUUCCCGGCAGAUUUGAUGAGCAGCUCACGUGGCCUGCAUAACCCACUUCUGCAACUUUGAUACAUUUAUAAAGAGGACUUGAUUAAGAGUUGAAUACAUUAUGUCGGACGAACCUGGACCCAGUGGUCAAUCGCAAUCCCAGAGCCAGUCCCAAACCCAAUCCCAACCUGGAUCCAGCUCCUCAUCCGCCCCAACAUCGUCAAGCCAGGGCUCUUCCUCAGGAUCAGGAACUCUAAGUUCUGUGGAUACAUUACCUGUACAAGAACUCCAAUCUAUUCCUGAAGACCAGGAGGAAGCCCAGCCUCAUGUGUGGGGCCGGAUCAUUCCCUUAGUGCAUGGAUUCAGUGUGCUCAAUUGCACAGAAAACCAGUAUACAUUUGGAAGGGAUAGCAGAUGUGAUUAUGCUUUCUUGAACUCCAUUAUAAAAAAGUCAGCACGUUACAAAACAUACAGCAAGAAACAAUUUAGGAUUUUUAAGGAUGAUAGUCUGGUGUACCUCGAGGACCUCAGCGGUAACGGCACGUGGGUGGACGAUGAGAAACUAGGACAAGGGAAGCAACGAGUUCUCAGCAAUAACUCAGUUAUUGCCCUCGCUGAACAAAAACAUCAAGUUUUUAUGUUCAUAGAUAAGAUGGGGAACGAUCAACCAAACCUUCCUUUAGAGUUCAGCAGAAAAUAUCAUAUUGCACGAAAGAUUGGAAUCGGCGUCUGUGGUGAAGUGAAGCUCGCCAUCGAGAAGGAUACCUGUAAAAAAGUAGCGCUGAAAACUAUCAACAAAAAUGACUUUCCAUCAAUUGGGACGGCCACACGGAAUGCCGAACGGGAAAUUGAAAUUUUAAAGAAAAUUGAUCAUCCGUGCCUGAUCAAGACAGAAGAUUUCUACCAGACAGAAGAUUCUUACUACAUUGUUCUGGAGUAUAUUGAAGGAGGAGAGCUGUUUGGCAGGAUCAAGGCCAAGAAACAACUGGAGGAAGAUAUCGCUAAACUCUACUUUUAUCAGAUGCUCAGGGCGGUGGAGUAUCUCCACAACAACGGGAUCAUUCAUCGAGAUCUCAAACCUGAAAAUGUGCUGCUGGCUUCACAUGACGACGUCUGUUUGAUAAAGAUUACGGAUUUUAAUCAGUCCAAGAUUUUGGAGGAAUCCUCCCUGAUGAAGACGCUCUGCGGGACGCCCACAUAUCUCGCCCCGGAGGUGUUCACACAUGCUGCGACUGUAGGAUAUACAAAAGCAGUAGAUUAUUGGAGCCUGGGCGUCCUACUGUUCAUCUGUUUGGGUGGUUAUCCUCCCUUUAACACCGAGGGCUCCACCAUGUCUGUGCGUGAGCAGAUCAUUAACGGCCUUUAUCGCUUCAUCCCAUCUCAGUGGAAGAAUGUUUCAAACGAAGCCAAAGAUUUGGUCAAGAAGCUGCUGGUUGUGGAUCCUCAAAAGCGUCUGAGUGUUGAAGAAGCGCUGGAACAUCCGUGGUUGAACGAUGGCGAGAUGAGAAACACUGCAAACCAACUGAUGAACCCAGAAAAUCAGCCUAUGAAUCCUGAAAACCAGCCGAUGGGUCCUGAAAACCAGCCGAUGGGUCCUGAAAACCAGCCGAUGGGUCCUGAAAACCAGCCGAUGGGUCCUGAAAAUCAGCCUAUGAAUCCUGAAAACCUGCCGAUGGAUCCUGAAAACCGUCCAAUGAACCCAGAAAACCAGCCGAUGAACCCUGAAAACCGACAGACGCGCAGUGCAACAUCCAAGAAACGCAAGACCGAUGAAGGAGAGGGUGAACCGUCCUCCAAGAGGAAACCCGGGCCUUGACGUUCACACACUUUUAUUUCCUGGUGGCCUUUUAAAAGUUCUUUACUGUGACCAAUUAAAUCCUAAUCGUCCAACACUGUACUGCUCUUGUAAAUACGUUUUUGUACCGUUUCUUGUCAACAAUAAAAUGUUUUAACAUUUUCUACUCUGAUUUUGUUUCUGAUUUCCUCUGCAUAUUUAAUGACAUGACAGUUAUCCUUCGGACUUCGAUAUUCAUUUCAUUUGUAUAAAGUAUAGAGAAUCGAUGACAGUGCAUAACCCUUUGGAGAUCCAUUUAUGACGGACAUUGUUUUUGUGUUAUGUUUUAUGUCUGAAAUGAGCUUGUUGUGUGCUGUUCUACACUCCUUGUGGGAUAACAUCCACGUCUUGCUGACCUUUAUUGGUGACAGCCAGGUACUGGAUUUGAUCGAAACUUUGACAUUGUGUUUGUUUUUUGUUAAUAAAAUAAUACAUUUAAGCAUUA